AGAUACUCUAAAAUUAUAAAUAUUUAUAAUGUCAUCUUUUUUUGUAAUUUCACCUAAUGUUAAAUAUAAUGAAGAAUUUAUUGAAUCUUCCUAUAAUUAUGAUACAACAAGGAUUGAAAAAAAUAAUGGGAAAUUAAAUGUUUACCCAUUAAACCAUAAAAUGGUAUUUCGAACUGUAAAAAAGUUACCAAAAUUAGGUGUUAUGUUAGUUGGAUGGGGUGGAAACAAUGGGACAACUUUAACCGCUGCUACAUUAGCAAAUAAAGAAAAGUUAUCUUGGAACACUAAAACUGGAGUUAUUCAAGCUAAUUAUUUUGGAUCGAUUACCCAAUCUGCUACUAUACAUUUAGGAGAUAAUAGUGAAGAUGGUCAAAUUUAUGUUCCCCUUAAAAAUAUGCUGCCAAUGAUAGAUCCAAAUGAUAUAAUUUUUGAUGGAUGGGACAUAUCUUCCAUGAAUUUGGCUGAUGCUUUGAUAAGGGCCAAGGUUAUUGAUUACAAUUUGCAAAUACAAUUAAAACCUAUGAUGAAAGGAAUGAAGCCAAGACCUUCAAUAUAUCAACCAGAUUUCAUAGCAGCUAACCAAGCUGAGAGAGCUGAUAAUGUGAUUAGUGGAUCCAAAAAGGAACAAAUGGAAAGAGUGCAAUUGGAUAUUAGAGAUUUUAAAGCAAAAAAUAAUUUAGAUCAAGUGAUUGUGUUAUGGACCGCUAACACGGAGCGUUAUAGCGAAGUCCGACCAGGCCUGAAUACCACUGCCGAUGAGCUCAUGAAAUCUAUUGAGAAUAACGAUCCCGAAGUAUCGCCUUCCACGCUCUUCGCCUUGGCCUCCAUAUUUGAAAAUUGUACUUACAUAAACGGGUCCCCUCAAAAUACUUUCGUUCCAGGAGUCAUCGAAUUGGCCGAAAAGAAGGGCGUCUUUAUAGCCGGCGACGAUUUUAAAACAGGUCAAACCAAACUGAAAAGCGUUUUGGUUGAUUUUCUCGUUUCGGCCGGCAUAAAACCUCUCGCUAUAGUCAGCUACAAUCACUUGGGAAACAACGAUGGGUACAAUCUCUCGGCCCCUAGUCAGUUUAAAUCCAAGGAGAUCUCUAAAAGCAACGUAGUUGACGACGUUGUGAAUUCUAACCGAAUUCUCUAUCCAGAACCUGGUUCAAAACCGGACCAUUGCGUAGUUAUCAAAUACGUUCCGCAAGUCGGUGACAGCAAAAGGGCGAUGGAUGAAUACACAAGCGAACUCAUGCUCAACGGCCACAGCACCAUCGUCAUCCACAACACUUGCGAGGACUCAUUGUUGGCGGCACCAGUGAUUUUGGAUCUUUUGAUAUUGGCCGAAUUGUUUGAACGGAUCAAGUUCAAGAUAGUUUCGCCUGAAAAUGCUUCCUUGGAAGCAAAAGAAGAGUUUCAACCCUUCCACCCGGUUAUGAGCGUGCUAAGUUAUUUGCUCAAGGCUCCCCUGGUCCCUAAAGGAGCCCCUGUCAUAAACGCUUUGUUCAAGCAAAAAUCCUGUAUAGAAAACUUAAUAAGGGCCUGCGUCGGCCUUCCACCUGAAAAUCAUAUGUUGUUGGAGUACAAGCUUGUCGGAGGCGUUGAAGCCACCCAAGCAUUCCUAGGGGUCCCAGAAGGAGCCAAAAGCUCCUCCGGUAAGGCUACUUCUCCCGCCUCUCCUACCCAGGCGCACACGGGCAAAAUUGAAGAUCAUUUUACCGCUAACAAACCAAAGGAAUCCAACGAGAAAUUUCCACCUCCAGCUGUUCCAACCGGAGCUCCUUCUAACACACAGCACGCGUCGUCUGUGCCCCACAAGAGUGCUUCUAAGCAAAAGUCGCCUCACGUGAUUGCUAAGAAGGAACCUUCGACUCCUACCAAGCAAGCGGCUAAAAAUUAGAUCCAUUUAUCUAAAAAACAUUCAUCAUUAAAAAAUUAAUCUUAUCGUUGUUGUAAAUCUUUUACUACAAAUUAUUUUAGAUAAUGUUUUAAUUAUUAAAUUAGAGUUUAAUUGAUAUAUUUUUUAAAACCUCCAUUUUUAAUCAAUUUUUUUUUUAAAAACUAGUUAAUUUAAAAUGUGAUAUUUUUUUACGCCACUUUUAUAUACACUAUUAUAUUUUGCUAGGAACUUUUAAAGAAAUAAAUAUAAUAGAAUUCAUUUUAUUAUUAUUAUUACAGUAAUAUCAAUAUGGUGCUGUAAGCGAUUUUGAAAUUAUUCAUAUUUUUACCUUUUAUAUGUGUAUUUAAACACGUUUUAAUUUUGUAAAAUAAAUAGUGCAAAGCUUAAAUCAAAUAUUAAUCAUUUAUAAAACAUAAAUUAUAUUCUGCAUAUAUCAUUAUAUAUUUUUAUUUUCCCUUUCCUUCAUA